AUGUUCCACACUCCUAUUGUGCCUCGCGCGAGGAAGAGGUCAAGGCCGGCCGAAGCAAGCGCUCCCAGGCGUGAAAGGGUGAAGUUUGAGGAUGUCAGGCUGUACCUGGUGGAGAGGAAAAUGGGCCGCAGCAGGAGAAGCUUUCUGACCGAGCUGGCCAGGUCAAAGGGCUUUAUUGUGGAAGACGUCCUCAGCGAUGUGGUGACUCACGUGGUGUCGGAGGAUAGCCAGGCCUCAUCUCUUUGGGCGUGGCUAAAAGGAGGGCCUGUGAAGAAUCUGCCCGUCAUGCACGUUUUGGACAUCGACACCUUGGCUGCAUCGCCAGAAGCUACAACACCCACACCCAUGUCCACGGUGUCUCAAUAUGCCUGCCAGAGACGGACCACCACAAAGAACAACAACAAGAUUUUCACGGAUGCAUUUGAAGUGCUGGCAGAGAGCCAUGAAUUCAAUGACAUGGAGGGUCCGUGCUUGGCCUUCAGGAGGGCUGCAUCUGUGCUGAAGAGUCUGCCCUGGACGGUGCAGAAUUUACGGGUCACAGAAGACCUGCCCUGCCUGGGGGAACACUCUAUGUGUGUCAUAGAGGAGAUCCUUCAACACGGCCACUCGUUUGAAGUCGAGAAAAUACUCUCGGAUGAAAGGUAUCAAAUACUAAAGCUGUUCACAAGUGUGUUUGGGGUUGGACCUAAGACAGCUGAGAAGUGGUACCGCAGAGGGCUGCGCUCAUUCAGCGACGUUCUAGCGGAGCCCGACAUUCAUCUCAACCGGAUGCAACAAAGUGGUUUUCUGCAUUAUGGAGACAUCUCCAGGGCUGUCAGUAAAGCAGAGGCCCAAGCCCUGGGGAACAUUAUUGACGAAGCUGUCCGUGCGAUCACACCGGACGCCAUACUCACACUGACAGGUGGCUUUCGCAGGGGGAAGGAUUUUGGCCACGAUGUAGACUUUAUCGUGACCACACCACAACUGGGGAAGGAGGAGCGUCUUCUCACCAGCGUUAUUGAUAGACUAAAACAGCAAGGCAUUCUUCUCUACUGUGAAUACCAGGCCUCUACUUUUGAUGAGUCGAAGCUUCCCAGCCACAGGUUUGAGGCCAUGGACCACUUUGCAAAGUGUUUCCUGAUCCUGCGUCUGGAGGACAGCCAAGUAGAGGGAGGUCUCCAAACUGCUGAGGAAGACAGGAGAGGCUGGAGGGCUGUACGCGUGGACUUGGUGUCUCCACCUGUGGAUCGCUACGCCUUUACUCUUCUUGGCUGGAGCGGCUCCAGGCAGUUUGAGAGAGACCUGAGGAGGUUUGCUCGAAUGGAGCGGCGAAUGCUGUUGGACAAUCACGCUUUGUAUGACAAAACUAAGAAAGAGUUCCUGGCAGCUACAACUGAAAAGGACAUCUUUGCCCAUCUGGGUCUCGAGUACAUCGAGCCUUGGCAGAGAAAUGCGUAG